GUAAGGCUUGACUGUCAUGUUUGGAGAACGUCAGUGGGUUCCAUUACGAGGCGCACGUAACCAACAUAGACACAAGGUUUCUCAUUUCUUCGCUUGGUUUACGCUGUGAAGAUAAAAUGACGUCACUGAAAGGAAAGGUGUGCUUGAUAACAGGGGCGAGCAGGGGUAUUGGCGCAGCAAUAGCCAUUCGGUUUGCAUCUCUUGGUGCUAAGCUAGCUCUUACUGGCAGAGACUUCGCUGCCCUCGAGAAAACUAAGCAGCUUUGUGUAGAAAAGGGACUCGCAGAGAACGAGGUGUUCCUCAGUGUUGGAGAUUUAGCUGUUGAUGCAGAUCUAAAGAGAGUCUUCAAUGAAUGCACUUCGUAUUACAACGGCACGCUGGAUGUCUUGGUGAAUAAUGCAGGAAUAGUCACUCGUGGAUCAGUGUUAAACACUAGCAUAGAAACGUUUGACAAAACAAUGAACAUUAACACAAGGCCCUUGUUCUACCUGACCCACCUGAUCUGGCUAGUAACGGAGUGA